AUGGCCAACAACCCCUCUGAAGCCCCGGCCGAUGAUUUCCUCGAGCAAAUUCUUGGCCUGCCCAACUUUGCUUCGGCAGAUGCUAAUUUGUCUGGAAACGACGGAGGCUUGACCGGGGCUCAGGUGUCUCCGUCUCCGAUGAUGCUUCAGCUAAAUUCCGGCGACGGCUCCGGCCAUAUAUCCGCCGUCGGCGGUGGGUACCGUGGACCGGUGUUCCCGUUAGGGUUGAGCCUGGAGCAGGGAAAGGCUGGAUUUUUGAAGCCCGAGGAGGCUUCAGGGAGUGGGAAGCGGUUUCGAGACGACAUGGUUGAUAGUAGAGGUUCAUCUGUGAAAAAUGUUUUCCAUGGUCAACCAAUUUCCAAUUCAGUUGCUGCAGCACCACAUCCACCGGCUAUGCGACCAAGGGUGCGGGCUAGAAGAGGACAAGCCACAGAUCCACACAGCAUCGCUGAGCGGUUGCGCCGAGAAAGAAUAGCAGAAAGAAUCAGGGCAUUGCAGGAACUAGUUCCUAGUGUCAACAAGACGGAUAGAGCUGCCAUGCUUGAUGAAAUCAUGGAUUACGUGAAGUUCCUAAGGCUCCAAGUAAAGGUUUUGAGCAUGAGUAGAUUGGGAGGAGCUGGUGCUGUAGCACCACUUGUAACGGACAUUCCACUAUCUUCAGUUGAGGAAGAAGGUGGUGAAGGUGGUAGAAACCAACCGGCAUGGGAUAAGUGGUCGAACGAUGGCACAGAACGGCAAGUAGCUAAGCUUAUGGAAGAAAAUGUUGGGGCUGCAAUGCAGUUCCUUCAAUCAAAGGCUCUUUGCAUCAUGCCUAUCUCACUGGCCUCAGCAAUUUACCACACACAACCACCAGACACAUCUAGUGUUGUGAAGCCUGAAAUGAACCCUCCUUCAUAA